AUGGCAGUGCGGAACGCUAGGUCACUAGAAAAGCAGGGAAAGGCGCACUAUGUAUGCAAUGAGGGCAGCCUGCGCUUCGCUUCACUGCUCUGGUUCCCCACCGUCAAGCUGAGUCGCCUGCCAGAGGACCCGGAGGAGGCAGCACUGGUGGCCGCCUGGCUGUGCGAGAGACGCGACAGAGCCGCCAUCGAGGUGCAUGCCGGCCGUGAGGAGGAGGGGCAGCUGGCGCUGAUCGACGGCCUGGUUGCGCUGCGCAGCGCGCCUGUUGUCUCCCUUCAGAUCUUCGCGGCGGACGCUGACUUGCCCUCCGACUUCCUGGCUGGCUACGAGUGCCUGCUGCAGGAGCUGGUUCUGGGGUACUGCGGCCUGACCCAGCUGCCCGCGGUCCUGUCACGGCUCACCGCCCUCCGCCUCUUGGGCCUGAGCGGCAUCCACGUCCAGAGCGGCUUCCAGCACCUAGCACCGCUGUCGCGGCUGGAGGAGCUGGACCUCACUCCUGGGGAGCAGCUGCCCGCCGUGCUCACGCUGCUGACAGCUUUGACCUCACUGUCUAUCUUUGGCGAUGACAUCACGCUGGAGAACGGCUGGCAGCACCUGGAGCCCCUGCGCCAGCUGGAGGACUUGCAUCUGAUAUGCUGCUUGCAUGAGCAGCUGCCGCAGUUGCUGGCGCGCCUGGCCACGCUGACCAGCAUUUCGAUCGAUAGCAACACGCAUUUGCGGCACGGCUGGCAGCACCUGCCGGCAGCCUCCCUGCAGCGCCUUGCCUUGGAGGCUUUGGCAGUGGAAGAAGUGCCUGUGGCGUUCUCGCGGCUGACGUCGCUGACAGCAUUGAUGCUUCACCAUUGCUCUCUCGAUGGCGGCUGGCACCAUCUGUGGCCGCUCCGUCACCUGCGUCAGCUGGUGGUGUCGGGCUGCCCGGAGAGACGGCUAACAGAGGUGCCGGAGGAGCUGUCGCAGCUGACUGGUUUGACCAGCUUGUACCUGCAGUCCAACUGUCUAGAGGGAGGCUGGCAGCACCUGCUGCCGCUGGCACAUCUUCAGCACCUGGACUUGUCUGAUUGCGGCUUACAAGCUGUGCCUCCCGAGUUGGCUGCUCUGCAACGGCGGCAGGGCCUGGAAUCCCUUUAG